AUGGCCGGUGGAAACUUGCAGCAGGCCCUAGGCUUGUUCUUCGAGAUGGGCGGAGGAAGUUCGUCCCCCGCACUCGGGCCCUCUCCGUCUCCUGCAGCUCCCGCAGCUCCUGCUGCAAAUCAACCGGUUAUCGAUGCAGACGUGGCUGCUGAAGUAGCAGCGGCCGCGGCUGCGGCUGGUAUAGAUACAGGCCCUUUGCAAGAUGCGCACAUGGCCGGCGAGGAGGAAGUCCGAGCACCUAUGCCUGCGUACCAGGACCAGAUCAUCAAUCCGGAUCUUGAGCAUCGGAGGAUGCAGGAGCAGAUGGCCGCUGACUCCGCUGCAAUGUUUCGGCGGAUGUCGUUUGAUCGCGGUGGCGAUCCGGCAGGGGCUGGUUCCGGAACCGGUGAAGAGCAGGAGGAUGAGCAAAUGGGAGAGGGCAAGGCUAUCAACAAGCUUUUCGCGCCCCCGGAGUACAACGAAGGGAGCAGCUACUACGAAACAAUCGAGAAGGCCAAAGGUGAGGGCAAGUGGGUGCUGGUCAAUAUCCAGCAGGCAGAGGUGUUUGCCUCGCACACGCUGAACCGGGAUGUGUGGAGCGAUGACACUAUCAAAGACAUCAUCACGGGUUCCUUCCUGUUUUGGCAGCGGGAUGACAAAUCGGCUGAGGGUGACCAGUUCUGCCACUAUCACUCGUGCGGGCACCAGCUGCCGCACAUCUGUGUCAUUGACCCUCGCACGGGCAGACGUGUCAAGAACUGGGAUGGCCGCAAAUGGGUCGAAUCCCAUGCCGCAGCGGAGUAUUUGUUCGGGUUCUUGGACCAAUUUUCCAUGUCCAGGUCACCGCCAUCCAUGUCACCAACAGCAAGUCCUGUCAUGCAUCCGAAGGCAUCACCUCCCGAUCCUUCCCAGAUUCGCCUCCAUGGCUUGGAUGACAUGGAGGUGGAGGCGGUGGAAGCCAAGGAGGAGCCUGUGCCGGUCCUGCCAGAAGAGCCGGCUGAGGGUGUUGAGCAUCUCAAGGUCUCUCUUCGUCUACCUUCGGGUCAGCGAGUUGCUAGACGAUUCCGGCCCGACGAUGAUCUCGAACAGAUGUUCGUCGUCGCAGCCGCUUUGACAGACAAGCCGACUGAAAAGGUGGACUUGGCAACGCAGUUUCCCACGCGAUCGCUUCGAGAAAUCGAGGGCGGCCUCUCUAUAUCAAUAAAGGAAGCGAAGGUGGCUGGCAAUCUGUUGCUGGUGAACAUACGGUCCUGCCCAGCUCUGAGCUUGAACAGUGUACAGCAAUGCAGUCAGCAGGGUCUCAGGCUGUGGCAGGCCGCGGACGAGCAACAUGUCACACAAGCAUGUACAGAGGUCCGUGCCGGCUUGAAAGGGCUUCGAACAACGCGCUGA